CUCCCAUCGACAUGCUGACUACUCGCUUCGCUGCAAGGCUCGGUGCUAGCGCCACACGCCGCCUGGGUGCGACGUACACCCAGGCGCGCAGCCUCAACGUCUUCAGCUCGGAACGUCUGGUCGGCAAGAAUAUCCUCGUCACUGGUGCUUCCUCCGGUAUCGGCGCCUCCACUGCCGAACUGUUCGCCAAGGCCGGCUCCAACGUCGUCCUCCUCGCCCGCCGGCGCGCCAACCUCGACGAGGUGAAGGCCAAGUGUGAGGCCACGCACGCUGAGGCCGGGUACGCUGGCUCCAAGGUCGUUGUUAUCGAGGCGGACAUGCAGGACCGCAAGGCACUCGACACGGUGCUGGACAAGACGGAGGGGCUGAAGCUCGAUGUACUGGUAAACAAUGCUGGGCUUGUUCGUGGCCGCGAGCAUGUUGGCGCCGAGGCCGAUAUCGACGUCAUGUUCAACACCAAUGUCAUUGGCCUCAUUCAGCUCACCCAAAACGUCGUCCGCGACUUCAAGAAGAGGAAUACUGGACUCAUCGUCAACCUUGGCUCUGUCGCGGGCAUCGAGUCGUACCCCGGAGGCUCAAUCUACUGCGCGACCAAGUUUGCCGUGCACGCGUUCACCGACUCGCUGAGGCACGAGCUGAUCGACACGAACGUGCGCAUCGCCGAGAUCCUGCCGGGCAUGGUGGAGACCGAGUUCUCGGUCGUGCGGUACCGCGGCGACCAGGGGCGCGCGGACAACGAGUACAAGGGGAUCACGCCGCUGACUGGCGCCGACGUUGCCGAGCAGAUCGUCUGGGUCGCCUCGCGCCCCGAACACGUCCAGGUGGCCAACAUUCUCAUGUUCCCAAGCCAGCAGUCGGCGGCGACGCGUAACUGGCGCCGGCCUGAGUGAAGCGCGGUGGUGGAACGGAAGCCAAGUUGAAGUGAUGACAUUGCAUUCUUGUGUCCA